AGGAGCAUGCCCAGGCGUUGUAGGGAGGUCAUACAGGUUUACGAGGGUUAAUAAACCUGGGUAACACGUGUUUCAUGAACUGUAUUGUUCAGGCCCUAACACACACACCGCUGCUGCGAGACUUCUUCCUCUCCGACAGACACAAAUGCGAGAUGCAAUCUAACUCCUGUCUUGUGUGCGAGAUGUCGCAGCUCUUUCAGGAGUUCUACUCGGGCCACCGUUCGCCCCACAUUCCCUUCCGGCUGCUGCACCUGGUGUGGACUCAUGCGCGUCACCUCGCAGGCUACGAGCAGCAAGACGCCCACGAGUUCCUCAUCGCAGCAUUGGAUGUACUACACAGGCACUGCAAAGGGGACACCAUCAGAGACGACAAUGGGAAGAAGGCCAACAAUCCAAACCACUGUAACUGCAUCAUUGACCAAAUCUUCACUGGGGGCCUGCAAUCAGAUGUUACCUGUCAAGUUUGCCAUGGGGUUUCCACCACGAUAGAUCCAUUCUGGGACAUCAGUCUGGACCUUCCUGGGUCAUCCACGCCUUUCUGGCCUCUCAGCCCUGGAGGGGAUGGCAGCACAGUCAAUGGAGAAAGCCACCUGUCAGGGUCCACAACGCUCACAGACUGCCUACGCAGGUUUACGCGUCCCGAGCAUCUAGGAAGCAGUGCCAAAAUUAAGUGCGGUGGUUGCCAUAGUUACCAGGAGUCCACCAAACAGCUGACAAUGAAGAAGCUCCCCAUCGUAGCAUGUUUCCAUCUCAAACGGUUUGAGCACUCUGCUAAACUGCGGAGGAAGAUCACUACAUAUGUUUCCUUCCCUUUAGAGUUGGACAUGACGCCCUUCAUGGCAUCCAGUAAAGAGAGCAGAAUGAACGGGCAGUAUCAACAGACUGUUGAUGUAUUAAACAACGACAAUAAGUAUUCCUUGUUUGCGGUGGUCAACCAUCAAGGCACAUUAGAGAGUGGCCACUACACCAGCUUCAUCCGCCAGCACAAAGACCAGUGGUUCAAAUGUGAUGAUGCCAUAAUCACUAAGGCCAGCAUUAAGGAUGUACUCGAUAGUGAAGGGUAUCUCUUAUUCUACCAUAAACAGUUCCUUGAGUAUGAGUAGUCUUUGUGACCACUGACCAUGAAGAACCACUGCUUCUAAUGAAAGAGUCAAGGGACUGGGGGACAAGAUGAAACAAACACACAAACCUACCUGAAACUCUUUGACUACCAGUCUUCUCCUCCGCCUCUGGAGGACAAAAGGAAAAAGACGUGUGAAAUCAUGCAACCUUUCAAAAGGAAAAAAACAAAACAAAAACAAGCACUGAGCUACUUCUUGGCAUCUACUUGACAAAACUGAAUGAAGAGGAGAGAAGGAGGAGGAAGCAUCGGGCAUCGCCAAUUCCAGACUUGGGCAGAGGGAAGAGGCCCCACACCCCUCUCUCUCUCCCCCCUUUCCCUUCCUGCUGCAGGGGCAGAGUCUGAGCGUGACCGUCCGUCACGUUGAUUGGGCACAUCUGGAUUUUUCUUACAGUAUUCUGACCCCCUCCACCCAUCCAUCCACCCACCACUCCUCCAUUUCUCUCCCAUGGUGCUGUCGUUUCAACUGACCAAGCAUUUAGUCAUGAUUGAGGGCAGUUUGUUGUCAUAUGCAUAUGGGACUGAACGCAAAAAAAAAAAAGAAUAGAAUCAAUGUAUUAUGAACUUUGCAAGAACAUUUUUUAAAGGUAUGGUUAUGAUUCUUUUCAUUUGUGACUUUAGUUAUGAAAUACUGUAUGGAUCUAGUAUACAUCUAUUUUUUAAGAGCAUAGAAAACAUGGGAGAGCUUAGAGACGCUGCCUUUGCCAGUUGCCAAGGAAGUGCUACCAUGGAAACUAAGCAGAUUUGGACCCGAGUGUGCUCAUGUUCCAUUAUUUACUGUGUUGAUUGUUUUAUUUUUAAGUCUGGUUGAGGGCAGGGAAUAUCUAUUUUUUUUUAGAAAUUCAUUGAAAUUUGAGUUUUGUUUACUGUUCUUUUCAGUCUAUUUUUUUUUUAUAUAUAUAUAUUUUUUUUUACAUUCUCAGUACUGUCAUAUGUCCCUCGCUGUCCUGGUACUGGAAAUGUUUUUGGACGUAUUAUGCUUUCAUUCUUGUGGAAUUGUUGGUAUAAUGAUGAUGGUGGUGGUGAUUAAAUUGGCUCACCUUUUGCUGUUUAUGAAUUGUAUGUUGAAUGUGAGCUUUGGGUUUUGUAUGUCAUUCUGAAGAGAAAGACUACAAUACAUGAACUCCAGAUGAGGUCCAAUAAUAUGUGAGAAUGCUCUGGUCUCUCCUCCUUGAACACCUUGAAUGAUCUGUGCAAAACAAAGCCUGCAUGCCACUGGGCUCUCAUGAUCUUAUAAUAUGUGAAAAAUUGCCCUCAGUAAUGCCUCAAGGCCUGCUGCCCAUCAUGAUUAUUGCCCUGUAGUUUAGGGAUGGAAAGACGGUUCAUGUGAGAUGAGAUGUAUAGAGGGUAAAACAAAAUAUGGGCACUGUGCGACCAUAGCCUGGCUCUGAAUCCAUCAGUGUUAAUCUUCUCCAUGGCAACUGUGUGGCUGGUGUAGACCGGUGUGGUUCGUGGUGUCUUACCUCUGCAGUGCAGUAAACCCAGUGCUCUAUUCAAUCAGUAUGCUGUCAAGUCAGACUUUAGAUUAUGCACAUACACAUCAGGGUGUUGUGGUCUGUUUUUGUUUGAAUAUCACUGAAUGUGUAUGUAUAAAAAAAUAAAAUAAAAUAAAUAAAAUCACUCAUGUAUAAGAUGAGGGCUCUAACCUAUCACAAAAUAAUACCACAUAAAAACCACAACCCCUGGUUGUUUAGCUGCUCUGUAAUUGAAAACAAACAUGCAUAUCCUUUGGUCUGCUGCAGGACCUCAGCUAGAGGGCAACAGUGGGUUUCUGAAUAGUAAAAUCAAAGACUUGUACAAUGGUUGCACUAUGGUUUUGAUGUAUCAUGGAGCAGUUAAGGCCACCCAAGGACAUUCAGGGACGCAGCUGAAACGAAAAGGAAGAGGAGAGCUUCAUUAUCCGUUUCAGUGAUUAAACUCAGAACAAAACUGUAA